UUUACCUCUUCCUUGUAGGACGGGUCCCACAACUGCGCGGUUUCACUUCAGCGACGGACACUGCGAGCGUUUCACAUGAAGCAAAAGUUUGAAGUCGGAAACAUUGUCAACAGGCGUUUUUUCGAGGUGGACACCUUGGCGAGUUUUUGUGAAGAAGGCUUAUCUUUUGUUCUUUGUUUGUUUUUUGCUAUUUUAUAGUUCUCGUCUGCACCCAUGGAAAACGUAAAUUCCCCAACACUGUCUCUCCCUCACCAGACGUCUUACAGGACCUACAGCGUCUGCUCGGACUCGUCGUCCCGUACCUUACCCUCAAUGUCAACCACACUUUCCUCGGGGCCGUACAAUUUAAAUGGAUCAUACGAAUCCGUUCGAUACCUGGUUCCCGUCCAGCAGCAGCAAAUGCAGCAGCGGCAGCAGCAGCAGCAGUUCAUGGUGAUGCCCCAGGCUAUGCCUCAAAUGCAGGUGAUGCCCCAGGCUAUGCCUCAAAUGCAGGUGAUACCCCAGGGUAUGCCUCAAAUGCAGGUGAUGCCCCAGAUGAUGACCUCGCAGGUGAUGCCCCAGAUGAUGGCUACCCAGGUCAUGCCCCAGAUGAUGACCUCUCAAGUCAUGCCCCAAAUGAUGACCUCCCAGGUCAUGCCUCAGAUGAUGCAGCAGGUCUACAUGCAGCAGAACGUACCGCGGAUCAGUAUCAGCAGCCAGGAGAGCUCGGAAAUGGGCUUCCAGCAGCACAGCAUGAGAGAGAGCAUGAAUGGGAGCAUCUCCUCCAUGAUAAGCAUGUCCAGCCCAGUGAAGAGCCCUGAGCCCUGUGUCUUUGAGGAGGAGGUGGAGUUGGUGGACGAUGUGGAAGCGAGGGUGGAGGUGACUGAGGAAGAGUUUGAAGAGGUGGAGGAGGUGGUGGAGGAGGAGGAGGAGGUGGAGGAGGAGGAGGUGGAGCUGGAGGAGACGGAGAUCAUCAACGUGAUCCAGCCCCGGCUGGUGGAGAGGAUCGUGGAGCGGUACGUGGAGAGGCCGGUGGAGCGGUUCGUGGAGAGGCCGGUGGAGCAGGUCGUGGUCCGCUCCUCCAUGUCGGAGCACCGCAGCGAACGCAACGAUCACGUCGACCGCAGUGACUGGAGCAACCGCAGUGACCGGAGCGACCGGAGCCUGCGCAGUGAACGCAUUGAUCGAUCCGAGCGCUCCGAGCGUUCCGAGCGCUCCGAGCGCUCCGAGCGGAGCGACUACCCCCAGGUCAUGAAGAUGGACACCCGGUUCUUUGGAGAGCUGCUGGCCGAGGUGUACCGCAAGAACUGCGACAUCCACUCCUGCAUCUCCGAGCACGUGGCCAAGAUCCGUGGGCGGAAACAUCAGCUGGACUCCACAAGUGACUACAAGAUGGAGAGAGAGGAGGUGGAGGCCCUCAUCCCUAAAGGAGCGUCUGAACUGACCAAACAACAGAUCCGCUACUUACUGCAGACCCGCCUGACGGCGGACAAGAGCAUGCGUCUCCUUCUGUCCACCUUCAGCAGCCUGCGGGAGGAGCUCCUCCACAUGUCCGACGACCUGCGGCGUCUGGAGAGUGACAAGGAGUCUUUAGAGAAGGAUCUGAGCUUCAAGGCAGACCAGGCACAGCAGUACGAUCGCCUCCUAGAGGUCGUCCGGGAGAACAACAGACAACUACAGACGUCCCUGCAGGAGAGCCAGGGUUCUCAGCGCUCCAUGGAGAGCCAGAUGUUGAGCGCCAAGACGUCAGACUCCGGCCGGGACUUCAAGCUCAAGGAGGUGGAAGGCCGCCUGAGGGCCCUGGAGCAGGAGAACGACAUGCUCAGACAGAAGCUGGCAGGUCAGGGCAGCAGCAACAGUGCGUCCUUGCAGGUGAAGACAGAGGAGCUGUCUCGUCAGUACCAGGAGCAGCUGAGUGCCCUGAAGAUGGAGAAGGAGAAUGAGAUGAAGAGCCUGCAGACCCAGCUGACGAGGAUACGGACGGAGACGACCACCACCAGCUCCUCCUCCGACCGGAGUCACCAGCUGAAGAUCACCGAGCUGACCACCAUGCUGGAGCAGCGGCAGAGGACCAUCACACACCUGGAGCAGGAGAUCAAGAAGCUGAAGUUUGAGAUGAGCGAAUCUUCCAAGAACGUCACCAGGACUGUCAUCACCAAGAAGUACCGGAACCAUUACCCUAUCCUGGGCUUACUGGGUGAUGAUUACAACAAUACAUCUCCUAUCAAGGAGGGCAAAACCAUAGUGAUCGAGAGAACCGGGGACAUCAUCAAACAGGAAACCAUUAUAACCCCUUAAGAAACACUACUUCUCUCCGACAGGAAUGAAUCAACAAGAAGAAGAUUCAGACAUCUCCCCUACCCCUACCCCUACCCCUACAACCCCCCCCCUCCCCACACACACACACACACACACACCCUUGUCCAUUGGGCUCAGAGGUUCGCUGGUGGUUGCUCUGCACUUCCCGUAAAUUCUAUUUGGUUGAUGUGAUUCUGCUAAUGGGAGCAAAUUGUUUAGCGUUGAGCCAAUACAUUCCUCCUUCCAUCUACUGCAAGGGAGAGGACCACGCCAAUCCCACGAGGCUGUCCUCCCCCCCCACACAAACACACACACACACACAUGCGCGCACACACACACGCACACGCACGCACGCAUGCACACGCGCGCGUGCACACAAACGCAUACAAACACGCCGCAGCUCCAAGCCGUCAAUGGUAGAAGACGCACAGUGCUGCUAGCUAGCUAGCCUGUGUUGUCAUAUCCUGUAUGCAGGAUAUUAUUUUAUAAAUCCACCACAACCGUUGUAGCCUCAGGGACAAUGGAAUGGGUGGCUGCCACAAUGUCUUUGCUUGUAAAUAUGUUUGUAUAUCUCCAGCAUGCAUGCGCACAAAUGCUGUGUUGACAAAUGGAAGAAAACUGUGUUGGGUUUGUUUUUGCUGUGCUUUUUAUCGGGUGGUUAUUUUGAUUGGGUGAGUCAGAUCUGACUGUGGUCAUGUUUACUUGGUUUGGCAUGGGUGCUGGGUACAAUAAGGAUUCUGAGCAUGUGGUUUGAAGGGUUUGGAUGCAGGUUAUAUUUGGGAGCAGGAGAUUUAUCCUCAGCGGUUGUGUCGAUUCAGAUGUUGAAGUUCCAUCACGUUUACUCCAGGAGCUUGUGUUGUGGACUUCACCGGUCACUUCACAUGAGUCUCCGGGAAAGGCUGACCAGGAAUUGGGGGAGAGUUUGGAUCUAAAAGAAUGUUACUGUCAAUACUCUUUGACAUUAAUACCUUGUGCCUGUUGGCGAUGGACCAUGCCUUCCAGGUCCUUUUUUUGGGGGCAAGGCAGAACUUUGUAAAUUGUAAAUCGACUAAGCAAUAUUCUAACUGGGCUAAAUAAUUUAGAUAAAGCACACAUCCAUUUGAUCCGUGAUGUCAGCCUUGUGAAUUCAUAGGGUAACACAUUUGAUUUGGUUAGGGGGCAUUCUGGGCAUCGAAGGAAAGAAAGUAAAAGAAAAUAUGAUCAGAUCAGGGAGAAGGCUGAUGAUCACGAAUGAGGUAAAAUGUUAGAAAAUGAACCCUAUCAAUGUUAAACAGUUUCUGCCUGUAUUAUUCCUCAGGAUCAGAAUGUAUGAAUUGAAACCUUUGCAAAUGAAUACAAAUGUUUAUAUGGGUCACAACAUGGUGGAUGUGAGUUAAAGCACAAUAUAUUGUUUAUCUUGUUUGUUUCACUGUAGGGUUAUGUUAUUCUGUGGCUUUCUUGGAGCCAAUUCGUCAUAUAAUGACCCUGUUUAAGUGUGUGUCCACUGGUGACUUUAUAUCAACAGCCAUUGCGUCCGGGUGUGCAUUUGAAAAAGUUUCAUUGAGAAUUUCCCAGAUUAUUGAAAAUAAAGAAAGAUAUCCCAGCCUAGGGUCUCUAUAUUACAAAUCAAAAGGUGUGUAUUAAGAGGGUUAGACAAAUACUUCUAGGUUGUUUCUAUUGAACACCACCUCGAAAAUAUUGUGACUAAUUGACCCGGCUUGUUCAAGUCCCAAAAGGGCUUUGUGGUUUCCUUGUUUCCAUAUUGAAAAGGAAAUGUUUGCUCAGGUUCAUAAUGACCCUACUAUAUCCAGUUAGCGGCGGGAACAUCCAUGUUUCCUCAGUAAGAGUCUCACUCAAAUAGUCCCAAAAGCACUUAUAUUCCAUUUUGCCCAACAAUGUCAACUGAAGAAACCACAGAGUGUUUCGUAUCGGGUUCAAAAACCUUUCUUAUUUUGUGAGGGGAUGAAAACUACUGAUUGUGUCACAUUUACAAAAAAAACUAUAAACAUUACAAAAGACGAAUGUGAAUUUAUCUAGUCUAACUGGCACAUUGACGGGCAUUUAAGGGGUGGAAUCAAAACCUUAUUUUUGGAAAAUAUAACACUUACAAAUUUUAAGAUAACAUCCAUCAUUGGCUUGUUUUCAGAUUAAUCGCAAAUGUAAUAGUCAGAAUCUUUGUUUUCGACAUAUGUAAACAAUACAAAUAGUUUGUGUGUCCAGUUGUAGUUUAUGUUAUAGUCAGAUUUUAUUUGAUACGUUUUCUUAAUAAAGCAUAGACUUUUUCUAUGAAUGGGCACCCUUGCUGUCUCCUUAUUGGCUUGGCUCUGUCCAAUGAGAUGGCAGGGAUGAACGGUCAUAGCUGGAUUGUGAGUAAACGUGUAUUUUACUAUAGGUGCUUUUUGGUUCUCCAUGCAGUUUAUGUUCCUGCUUAAAAAAAUGCAUGAUUUGAAUAAAUCUCCUGUUUGCAAGUGUCCUGUUUUUAUGUUUCAUGUUUUACAGUGUGUAUCCAUUGGAUUUAUAUUGGCCCUAUAUACUGCUUUGUUACACUUUAUCCUCCCUUCGUUGCCCACCUGAUUUCUGGCUAAUUAAGGCGUCAAAUAUGAAUUAUUCACAAUGGCAUUACGAUACAUAUCCAGGUGAAGCUGCAACAAGAUGGCGCCAGAAUUCUCCAUAUUUGUAGCGGCAUACGAAAUAGAUUUUGGAGAAAUGUGUUCGCCUUGUCUCAAUGCUCACGGCCGGUUUCCCCACUAUGAUUGAAUUUGAGGGUUUCGUCACUCUACACGCACAAUGCACCAUUUCUACCUGCAGGUGUCCUUCAACUGCAUUGUAUUAGUUUAAUAUGUAGUGUAUUUAAAGGACACUAUAGCAAUUCUCAAUAUGACCAGCAGAGGUCAGUAAGUGUAACUAUUAAUGUGAGUGAACGAGAGAGCCGCUGAGAUGGAGAAUGAGGUCAUGCCAGCUCUGUAGGGCUUGGCUCAGUUGGCUGCUCGUCAACCAUGUUGACUUCAGCGAGUGACGGGUGCUGUAAUCAGACGCACCGAGCAGUCCAAGCUCAGGCUGAAACUAGAAAUCAGGGGGAAAGAAAUGGCACAAAAAUAAAGUCUAUUCUUGAACAUGAACAUGCAAUGUAACUUUUCCCCCAUGAUAAUUUUUUUGUUUGUUUUCAUAUCUUUAUAUUACAGACAGCGAAUAAAGCAGUGGAUUUAUGCCUGUUUGAGAAAAGUUUUGAUCCAAUAUUCAACCUUUGUCACAAUCUUAAAAUAAACUGAAAUAAGGCCGACACACAUGUCGAUAACGGCUUCUUCAGUGUUACGUCGGAAUGUUCUCCAGCCAUUUCUGUGACACAUUUCUUGACUAAAUCAAUUGCAGCAGCCGUUCUGCUGCUCGUAGACCUCAUGCAUUACUUAUGAGGGGAAGUGCAUUGUAAAGAAAUAAGAGUGAAAGAUCCUCUUCUUAGGUGGAAGCAAACAGUGAGAGAAAAAUCCGUCCCCCGAAUGAGGUGCUAUCAAAUAUUAUUUCACUGUCAAGGAAGUUUAAUCGGUAGUGGAAGUGCGGUGUGCCAUUGAGAAGCCACUGGAAAAGAUGCAUACUUCCUUAAUGAUGAAUAAACCAUGAACUACUGCUUCCUUAUCAUGUAGAAACAGAUUAGUUAGGCUCAUGCCUAAUCACAGUACUGGAAAAAUGCUAUGUGAUUCUUUUUUGUAAAACGCUAUUGAUAUCAAUUCAUAUUCAUCAGCAACACCUGAUCUCAAGUGGCUUUAAAGUUGCUGUAAAACAUGAUUAAAUAAUCAAUAAACAAAAGUCUAACUGCAUUAAACGAGCAGAUACUGGAUAAGUUGCUACUUGAGUGCUGUAAAAGGUCUCCAUUUGUCUCCAAAUGUAUUAUCAAUUUAAAGGUUAUUCACAAAAUACUAACAAAUCAUUCAUAAAACAUGACUAAUUAAAGGAUUAACUAUUGGCCUAACUGCAUUUUUCUAACCGAUACCGGAUGAGUUGCAACUUUAGACAUGGUGCUGAAAUUUUUUUAUGAAUGACUUGCUUAGUAUUUGUUAAUAUAUUUGUCUUUUUUCCUGCCACAUCACAUGCUUACAAUAAUAAGUCAUUAAAU